GUUGUGUUUACAUAAGUGACGACAUUGUUUUUAUUGAUAAAUUUUAUGUAAAUUUCGUGAUAAUUUAUCAUCCGUUUGUUUUGAAUUCAAUCAAUUAAAGCUAUGAAUUUUAAAUUUUAGUACUCAUUAAAUUCGUUAAAACAUUUAUAUCAAUAUUAAUUAGCUGUUCAAAAACAAUAAAAAUUAAGAACCGUGUCAUAACGGAAACAAAAUUACCCGUUCAAUUAAAUUAUUUCGUUUAUCAAAUGAAUUCAAUUACUGUAUAUGGCCCGAAAUAUAACGCUAACCAGGUUAUUUUUCGUUUAGACCUAAUAACUUUGGACGCCUUUUCCUGAUGUAAAGGCCUGAAGGAAGAGAUGUUAACACCUUUGCGAUGUCGACUGAUGGUAAACCAACAAUAAUUUAAUUUCUUUCGCGAUUUCUCCCACGAACUGUACUGGUUUUGGCUCUCCAAGUUUAUAUUACUUAAUUCGUAUACUAAUAACAACUUACAGAAGUAAAGCAAACAAUAAAACUCGUGUACUGUGUAUAUUUACGAAUUUUCAAAUCAAUAAAUUUGCUGUACUCCACUGGGCAUGUGCAGGGUUGCAUCCCCAAUCCUGCUACACCCCUAAUAUGUGGGUAGAUCAAUGGAUUCCUUGAUCAAUAUGAAGAAAUAAUUGUGUGCACAUUACAAUAAACUCAAAUAUAGUCUAAUAUGAACUUAAUAAAAAUAGUGUAGUAUAUUUACAACAAAUUUCAAGAGGGGUUUAAUGUAUGGGAAGUAGAAAGUCAAUAUAUUAAAUGUGAUAAUUUGUGAUUGCUUGGGUAGCAGAUGGUGAUGGGUCUAAUACUUGUUUACUAUUAUUAUUACUAGUCUUGAAAGUCUAAAAAUGCAAACUUUAAGAAAGAAAACUAGCCCCCUAAAAUAUAAGAACGAAACCACUCGCUUUCUGGGAGAUGGGGUGAGCUUUAAGGCGAAGCUGAUAGGAAUCCUAGAGGUGUCGGAAGCAAGGGGCGACAGAAUGUGCCAAGAAGCCCUCUCGGACCUGAAGAUGGCCAUCAGGGCUGCGGGAGAGCAUAAACAAAGGAUAACGAUCAAUAUCGCCAUCGACGGUUUACGUUUGAGAGAUGAAAAAACUGGAGAUUCUCUUUAUCAUCAUCCUGUCCACAAAAUAUCCUUUAUAGCGCAAGACAUGACGGACUCCAGGGCCUUCGGGUAUAUUUUUGGUUCUCCGGAUACGGGUCAUCGUUUUUUUGGGAUUAAAACUGACAAAGCCGCUAGCCAGGUCGUUAUAGCUAUGAGAGACCUUUUCCAAGUCGUUUUUGCUUUGAAAAAGAAGGAAAUAGAACUUGCCAAACAACACCUGGAAAAGACUUGCUAUCCCACGUCUCCGUUGUUUUCAGAUAGUUCUAGCUCUAGUUCUAAAUUACAGAGCGUCCCCCACGUAUCUAUAAAAUCGGCAGCGGAGAAUAAAACGGGUGGGGCUGCUAGCGACCCGAAGAACUCUGGCACUGCCGUUGCGGAUCUGGUUGAUUUAGAAUUGGAACUGAAUAGUUUGCAGCAGGGUCUUAAUCAGAUGGAGAGGAUAACGCCUUCAGAUCCGUUUGGCUCGAAGGACGAUCCUUUUGGCGAUAGUUUUAUUAGUUAUCCCAGCAAGCCCAUUUUGCCGCCCCCGCCGUCCUCGGGACGCGAGCGGUCCAGUCGUACGUCCGACUCGAGCAGCCUGUUCAGUCCUAAAACGCCACACACGGCCUCCAGCGCGGACCACGAUAAAAAGAAAGACUUCUCCUUCUCCCACGAAUUUAACAGCUCUCACGAGGAACCCAGCAGCGGGGACUGGUUCACCCCCCUGGAGGGCAACAGCAUAUUCGAGGAGUCUCCCCUGCCUAUUCAGGAGCCCACGAAGGACGAGAAGCACGAACAGACCAAACAGGAGAUCCUGUCACAGUUUGACGUUUUCACCGAACUGGAUCCUUUGGAACUCAAAAACCCACCCAAAAAAGUCCUCAAUGAUUUGGUUGCUCAAACGACACAAGAACAGCCACUGUUCAACCCCAAUUUCAGUCAGGUCACCCCGAGACCGGCCGCGCCGGCUGGGGGCGCAACCGUGUUUACCGCAGAUCCGUUCGGGGAAGACCCAUUCGUUAAGGAAGACCCAUUCGCGGACUCUGACUUCUCGAGACAGGAUCCGUUCGAAACGGAGUUUGCAAACUUCUCUACCACUCAAAACAACUUUGACAAGUUGAAAUUGGACGCUAACAAAGACAACCUCCACUCGCUAUUGCAGAGUAACUUGUCGAAAUCACCGAAGAGUUCUAUGCUAGAGAAACAAAUGUCGCUCGCAGCUCCAUCGCCAAAAACCGUACAGUUUAACAAGCAGAACACGUUCGAUAUUCCGUUCGAUAAGUUUGACGAGAAAAAGUUCAGUACGCUGUCUCAGUCCCGUGAUAAUCCGAGCCUGGAUAUUUCCUCGGAGAGCGAAUGUGCCCCCGAGCCUCCGCCUCGACCCGCUGCGACUUUAAUGCAGAUUAAACCCCCGCCUUUACCCCCUAAGAAGCAGGUCAACGAACUUACAGUGAAACCGCCGCCUCGUCCGCCGUACCACACUGAGGAAUCCCCGUACGAUUACAUGGAGAAGUACGAAACGGCGCCCAACAGUAUGGAGUAUAUUAAGAACUUAGAAAGGAGCCCUCCCUUGCCGGUACCCGCGAGAAAGUCAAAGUUUGAGUCGGAUUUUACGUCAGCACCUGAGAGACCUAAAAAACAGUUCAAUAUACAUUCCGCCGAAGACGAUUACUUGACGCCGAUAUCGUUCCCCGAGAAGAACGUAGAUGUACUGUUGCCGCCGCCUCAGAGGAGUGCCAAGAAACAGAGCCUUCAGGUGACGGUCUCGUCGUUCCUCGAUACCAAACCGAACAUUACCACGAAGAGUGCCAACGACAGCCUGACACCUUUGGAAGGUCUGGAUAUAACUCUCAGCCAGUUGACGUUGACGGGGCUGAACGAGUUGGCCCAGAAGCUGAACAUACCCGCUAGUCAGUUAAGCAAUAUGACAUUAGUUCAAUUAACAAACUUUUUAUCGAACUUUAUUAAGAGUAAUAGCGCAGUGCCUGUGAGUACCAAGUCGGAGGUUGGCAACUACAACACCGAUAACGAUUUUCCCUCGUUUCAAGCGGAUUUCGCGGCGAACUUCAACAACCUGAACAAUACCAACAGCGAUACCGCUUACGAUAGAUACGCCGUCUUCAGAGAACUGAUGCAGGAGGAAAUCAAGCAGACCAAGAUAGACUCGGAACCUGAGGAAAUACUAGAAGAAAAAGAGAAAUUAGAGAAUAAUGUAAAUAGUAACGUUAAGUUAGACUUGAAGCCUUUAAAAGAAGAACCAAGUAAUAAUACCGUAGACAGAUAUGCGGCGUUGAGGGAGAUAGAGAUAGAAAUGAAGCAAUCCGAACUCGAGAAAGACGACCACCAAUACCAGAACGAGAUCGAGGACAUAGCCGAGGAAGAAGAGGAAGAAGAGGAGGAGGAGGAAAACACGAAUGGCGAGAACACGAAGGAAAUGGAGGACAUUAACAUGAUCAACAAGGAGAACAAGUUCUCGGAGGAAAAGGAGAAGGAGAUAAUUUCCCCUAUCAAGAGCGACUUAAUAGAAUACUCGAAGCCCUUGGACAACAAGGACGUUAAAGUUAUAAAUCCCGUAAAGUCACCUUUGAAGUCGCCCGUUCAGGUGCCGGCGGUCAAGAGUCCCGUACCCAGCGCCAUCACGGAGAUCGUGCAGUCAAAUACGCGUUUGACGUCAGGGUCUCUGUCUGACGUAAUCAGUGGCAGUUCUCCUGAGGUCGAUAAUACUGCGAGUAACUCGGACGUGGGGAAGAAGUUGACGGAUGCCACAGGAGAAUCUUGGGCGAUAUUUGAUCAAGCAACUGUUCCCUCAGAAUCGAUUAAGGAAAAACAGACCGUCCAGAGCGAGGAGGGCAUCUCUCCGUGGUCUAGCGAUUCUAAAGAGUUCGGGAACGGCUCGCCUCCGGACUGGAGGAGCAAGGACUCGGGCAGCGGCACGGAACAGUGGUCCAAGAGGAGGAGAGACCAAGAGGGAUGGUGGGACACCUCAGCUGAACCCGAAGUCCACUAUUACCCGACUAACCGACGCUCGACGGACAGCUACGACGAGGAGUAUUACGAAUGUUACGAGAGACCCAGAAGGCGCAGGCAGGGUAACUGGCAGCACGGGGGGCAAGCCACCGGCGGCCAUUCCUCCAGUUCCAGAGACGUCAGUCCUUGGGAGGAGGAACCUAGGAGAAGGGAACCUAGAGACGCGAGGGAGACGAGGGCGGGGUACAGGCAUCCUAGGGGACCUUCGUUUGAGAGGCACAGGGAAAGACGCCACACCGACAGCUGGGACGAAGAUGACGAUUACGAGUAUGACGAGGAACACGGCGCUCGUUUUCACUGGUCGGAGAGGCACGGGGGCCGGGAGACUGAUAGAGAAAGCAGGCACAGCACGGGCAGUAGGGAUCACGACGGGGAUAGGUGGGGCGAAGACUGGAACGAGGAUAGGAGGCAUAGGCGGAGAAGAGAUGCGAGGGAGAGGUGGUGCUGUCCGGAUUGGGAACAAGGCGAGCACGAUAAGGCUGCUAGAUACGCUGGUAGCAGAAGGCCAAAUCCGGAGUUGCCACCACCCGGAAAGUGGCGGGACCGCAAACACGACGACCGUUACUACAGCAGGGAAUCACAAGAGUCUCCAUGGGAAGACGAGUAUUCCAACGAUGCUGAAGAUUCCCCACGAUACUUAUCUGCCAAACGGAACUGGAAGCAACGACCAAGCAGCGCUUCGGAGACGGACAGGAAAACGGGAGAGUUAAAGCCCCGCCAUUACUUAGGAACAGGCGGAAGCGAUGGCGAGCGCGACAGGCGGUACAAGUCCGCCAGACGAUCCCGCAGCAGGGAUUCCCAAUACUCUGAGCCGUCCCACAGAUUCAAGGCCGACCCGGGUCCUCCCGGCCGGCUUCCCCACAGAAGCAAGCCGCACCUUCACUCGAAACCGCCGGACGGCGAUUUCGUCGAAGUACCUUCCAAGAAACUCAUCGAUUCCAAAUUGGAGAGCAAUAAAAAAUCGUCUACUCUGUCCAGGAAAAAGACCAAAGACAGUCCCAAGGCGGAAGAGAACCUGGCCAGUACAUUCCCUAGAAAAGCGACCGUUCGCGGAGAGUCGUUGUUCGAAAAUGACUUCGUGACCUCAGAGGAGAGCCCUGUCGCAAAUCCGAGGUUGGGCCCCAAGUUCAAUUACGAGAACGACUUUGAGACGUCCGAAGCUGAGUCGCCGACGGUGAACAGGACCGUACGGGGUAUCAGACAGCAGAGCCUGUACGAGAAGAAUCCCCUACCCCUCGAUCGGGAUUUCAAGAGGGCGGCGUCUCUGAAAGAUUCCAAGACCUCCCCGAGGUACCAGCCAAAGUCCAAGCUGCUCUUCGAGGACGACUUCUCCCCCAGCGAAAAAUCGGAACAGGUACCUGAGGAUAACAGCAUAUCAAGCAUUAAAGAGGAGAUCGACAAGGAAGAGGAGGAUUCGUUCGGGGCGAAUAACGUGGAGAACGCCGCCAACGGCCGCAAGAGGAUCCUGUCGAAGAACAGGCUGGGCGGCGGUCUGCGGUCCGACAUUAACUUAAAAAAGUCUGAGUCUGUAAAUAUUUUUGCGAGGGAGAGCGAUCCCUUUGACGAUGAUUUCUUCUGCGGGGAGGACAAGGGCGCCGGCGUCGGGAAAACGUCUCCAAGGAACACGGAGCUCAGAUGGACUGAAGAUUUCGAAAACUGAUCGUAAGGAAAUUAGGUAAUAUUAUAUAUAUCUGUACGGCAGUUUGAAGGAACAGUUAAUACGAUAAUUAAUAGAUGAGAUUAUGAUUACCAGUGUUGAUAUUAUUUUGUAUAUUUUUCAAGCUGCCUUUUUACGACUUUUAAAUUCUAACGUUACUGUUAUACAUCACAGAUUAGAGUUCGUACUAAUUUAUAAUUUAUGUGUAAUUGAGUAUAUUUCAAUAUUUUUAAAUUUCAUUGUAUCAUAUUUCGGAAAUAUAGUGGAACAUAUUUGUAUGUUAAAUACUUCCUUUUACUUCAU